GUUAAAACAGACUCAGUCUGAUAAAAUUCAUAAACAAGCUUUUUUUAUCUUGACAAAAAUGUAUUUGUUUUCUUAUAAUUAGGAAUGAAUAGAAUGUUUAUUUUAUAAGCAAAUAUGUGCGGUAUUUAAUGCAUUAAUAUGUAGCUCUCUCGUAAAAACCAUAAUUUGGUCGUGAUCGGUUUGCCACACAAUCCAUAAGGUGAAGCAUUGGAACUGUGUUUCUUAGUUAAAAAAUGGCCCUCUCCCUGGCCUUUAUCCCAGACCCCAAUGAUGAACUAUGGAAGGAAUGUUGCAAGUGGCUCACCCGCUGGGAAAUGAUCAGGCCAGACCAUAAAGCCCAUUGGGAGGGCAGCACUAUAGCUGACUUUGCUGUGGUACUGAGGGAUGGAGUGCUGCUUUGUAAACUAUUAAAUAAAAUGGACCCAGGCUGUAUUGAUAUGAAGGAUGUUAGUUUAAGACCUACUAUGGCACAGUUUUUGUGCCUCAGGAAUAUUGGACUGUUUUUAAAGACUUGCAAGGCCACAUUUGGUCUUAGUCAGGCAGAUUUGUUUGAGGAUACUAUGCUUUUCGACUUGUCAAAUUUCCAUAAAGUUCUUUGUACACUAUCGAAGCUGUCUCGAACAGAAAAGGCUCUAAGAAGUGGCAUCCAGGGAUUUUCUGCUCAAAACCAGAGAGGGAGCGAGGAGGAGGUCAUUUACCAAAGCCUAACCAAAAUUGCACUACCGCCUUCAACCUCCUCCAACGGCGAAAACCAACCAUGGAAAAUGUUCACCAUCCCGUGUCCUCGUAUCGAGAGCCAAGAAGACGUUUACGAUGACCUGUGCUACGUCACGUUCCAACCGAACGCGCAGGAGGAGGAACCGAUCCGAGAAAAACGCGAUUUCGUUAUAAAGGAACUGCUGGACACCGAGAAGAAUUACGUGGAUGUACUAAACAAGCUGAAAAUGAGCUUCAUGAUGCCCCUUCAGGGCCUUAUGAAAACCGAAGAUCACACCACAGUUUUUCAUAAAAUUAAGGAGCUUUAUGAGGUUCAUUCGGCGUUCCUAGUUGAGCUGACCAAGAUGCGUUUGAACCCAAACAUACGGCUGAGCCAGAUUUUUCAGCAGUUUAAAGAGCGUUUCUUGAUUUAUGGUGAUUAUUGCGCGAACUUAACCAGAGCUACUGCGCUACUACAAGAGUUAUGCGAUCAGGAUGAGAGUUUCAAUCAGGCCGUCACAAAAUACGAAAAAGACGUGAACAACGGCAAAUUCAAGCUGAGAGACGUACUGUCGGUACCUGUACAGCGAAUUCUUAAGUAUCAUUUGCUUUUGGAGAAGCUGGUGGAGAACACUGAAGAAUUUCACGAGGAGCAUUCUGAGUUGAAAAGAGCCUGGGAGGACAUGAAAGAUGUCGCGGCAUACAUAAACGAGGCCAACAGGGAUAUAGAGCAUUUAAAUGUUAUUAAUAACUUACAAGAGACGAUUAUCGAAUGGGAUCAUGACAUGGAUAUGAGAUUGUCUGACUACGGAAAGCUGAUCAAAGAUGCCGAAUUAAAAAUAAGGGGACACAACGACAUUAAAAAUCGUAACAGAUACGUGUUUAUUUUCGAUAAGUGCAUCUUAAUAUGCAAAAGCAAGGGUAAUCAGUUCGCUUAUAGGGAUAUACUUAAUAUAUUGGAAUAUCACGUGGAAGAGAGCUCCAUGGUCUCUAACCAACCGAGGUGGUCUCACCACUUUUUAUUAGUGAAAAAUGGACACCAAAUGGUUUAUAAUAUUUAUGUAAGGACUAUGGAAAUGAAAGAGCAGAUUAUAGCCGCCAUCGCUAAAGCACAUGACAAUAUCAGGCCGCAGGCCCUCUCGCACACCAACCACAACUUCGAGAUGCACAAGUUCGAAAAACCGGUGACUUGCCUCUACUGUUGCAAGUACCUAAAAGGGCUCAUAUUUCAAGGUUACCUGUGUCAAAAAUGUCAGAGCGCGGUUCAUAAGGAGUGUAUCCAGUUCAGCGGUAAAUGUGGCGUGCCAUCAUUAAGGCUUCAACCCCAAAUCCCGAACGGGAUUAACGAACGCGACCCUUUGCGGAAUAAAUUGUGGUACGUGGGCGAAAUGGACAGGGCGGUGGUGCAGGAGAAGAUGGAACGGAGGGAGAACGGCACGUUUUUGGUUAGGAUUAGCACUAGGAGAGGACAGGAUCCAUAUGUGGUUACUUUAAAGGCCGAUGGCGAGAUGAAACACAUGCGAAUCAUGUCCAAAAACGACGGAUGCGGGGACGUGAAGAAGUACUACUUAUCCGAAGCGAGGUUUUUCAAUAGUAUCGAAGAAAUGAUCGUGCAUUACGAGAAUUAUAGUUUAAAAGAGAACUUUGCUAGGUUAGAUCAGCGGUUGCUCUAUCCAUUUUAUCAAUUGAAGGCGGUCGUAUUAAAAAACCAUGACGCGCAGGACCGCAAUCAGUUGACUGUGAAAGAGGGUUGGGUGUUAAGUGUGAUAGGCAAGGAUGGAUAUAGGGAGGGAUGGUGGAAAGGACGGACUGAGGCUAAUAAUAUCGGCUACUUUCCAGUUACCAUAAUAAAACUAGACGGCGAAGUUGUGUUUGACGGAUCAAAUUAAAACCUGCACACACAACGGAUCGAAUCUCACCGCGUCAAAGUUUCUGGGGUUAUUUUUUGUUUAAUAAAACAUCAACGCCAGAAACCGGAAAUUUAUUACAGUAUUCUAAUCGAAUAAAAGUGAAUGUUUUGCUCAUUUGUGGCCUAAUAACCGUUAUUGUUGCGUUCCGGUGCUAACAAUUUUUAUUAGGGAGGAAAGGUGUUUUAUUAGUUUGCAAACUGUACUUUAUAAUAUAAGAAAAAAAAAAGAUAAUAAGUUAAGUAGAUAUGUGCCAUUUGUUAAGCGAUUAAGAUUCUAUUGAGAUUUUUUUUAUUAAGAUGGAUUGAAUCAUAUCAUUAUUAUUAUUAUUAUUUUAAGAUUUGUAAUUGGUUUACGAGAUUAGGUGCCAAAUUUAUACGAAUCUCAUUCAUUCGUCCCGGUAAUAAAACUGUUAUUUUUUGAAGAUGAUGUUGUUUAGGAGCAUUUUUUACACAAGUACACAAACUGCUAUGAUUAUUUUGUGAUAUCGAUAGAUCUUAUUUUAUUGUUGUAGAGGUUCACUGACUCUGCUUAUUUUAGAGAUAUUUUGUGACUGUAUACCUGAAUACGAGUACCCGAAAUAU